AUGGAUCGCCAGAAGGAUGUAAGUGAUGUUUCGGGUGAUAGCGCCGCCGAGAAAGAUCAACAAUACAAUUUACGCCGUGGAGAUUUCGGUAUGACCGUUCUCCUGAAAGGGCCUAUAAAAAACGAUGGACAGAUAGGACAUGCAUCAAUUCACCAACGGAACAAUGUGGGAGUCCACAAACCGUCUUCCGUCUCGUAUAACGCCAUAGUUAGACCCAUAAAUACCGAAAAUAAUCGGUCAACAAGCUACGUUGAAGUGGGCUCUAACGCUGUUACUCCAUACCCGAUAACAGAAGAAACAUCACGCCAAGUCAUACGUAAUCACCGCCGAAAUGAUGACGAUGAUGAUUAUGGACAACGUGCUAUAAGGUUUGCGCUCCCGUGGGAGCUGAAGAAGACGGACGGUGUCAGUUAUCUUCAACACGGCAAGUUGUUGACAUUAGACGGAUCAACUCUACCACUGUCGAGCAAAAUAUAUCCAAGCGGAUUGUCAUUUGAUUCUCCCAAUGGCUUGCACCGGCAUUCAACAACGAGUCAUGGUGGUUCCGGAAAUUCACGGGAUAAUCAAAUGGAGGCGAUGCGAAGCACCAACUUGUCGCAACACGAUGACACCUUUGACAAUUUGAAACAUAUCAACAACUUUUUCAUGGCCGACGAAACACGUCUACCAGUGUAUAUAGUCGCAUUCGGAUCUGGAUUUUUUUCAGUGCUUAUCUGUCUCUGUGCUAUUCUGUACACGAGAUACCUUUUUGGGAAAAUACGACGUGUCAGGAGCACAAAGGGGAAAUACGAAGGCGGAAUAUCCCCUCUACCACUACUUGACAAACAGGCCAUCGAAGAAAGUUACAAACAAGAAAAUCUCGCGGAGAUACGCGCAAAAAAUCCCAGCCUUGCUCGGAUCGAAAACUACAUUCGAGGAGAGAUUAAAAAAUGGGAGCAACGCGUCCGCGCGGCGGAAGAGAAAGCCAAAGCUCCCAGCGACUUCCAACAAGUGAUGAGUGAGCUAGCCUCCGACGUUAGUAACAAGGAGGAUGGAGCGGUGACUGUUACAGAUGUUAACACCAACUUGGACAGUAUUUUCAUGCCAAUGCGUGCUCUCGAUGAGAAUCACCGUACUGAUUCAGGUGACGACGAGGAGGAAGAACAAGAAAGCGAGGACGAGUAUUCCGAAAGUGAAGGCGAAGAGUUGUCCUCCGAGUAUACGGAUUCUGAGUAUUCCAGCGAUUCUGGAAGCGACGAUUAG